GGACGUGCGGCCGUAAGCGCUGUGGCUUGGCCGACCCACGCGCGAUAGCAAGAGCUCUUCCCCGACUCUGAAAUCGGCUCCUGGAGCGAGGUAAGGGUGAAUAAGAGGGACUGAGACGAUUGGGUGGGCGGAUAGUACGUGCGGGACGCCUGCCACCCUCGCGCUCAUGAUGCUGAACAGGGGGGGGAGGGGGGCAGGGGACUGCUGGGGGACAUCGGGCGCCUGUAAUCCCGCCAGCAAGCGAGAUAGUAAGGCCGGCCCUUCAUUUUGUAAGUGUGCCGUGUGCGCAACCAAAAACUCCUGCUCUGUGGCCAUACCUGCAGGAUCACACGCUGCCUGGCUGCCGUAGAGAAGAGGACGGGCCCUCCCCUUUCACAUUCCUAUAAACCCCAUAGCUCCAACCAUUACUACACCCAAUCAGAGCUGAGGGGGGGGGAUCAGGAGGGUGUGUAAUCCUUACCACUGUUCUUUUGCCACUCCUGCCAUAAAACACCCCUGCGGGCUAUACCACCCUCACCUAGCUGCCUGUGGGUUGAAACUAUUAACCCCUUAACGCCUGACCCUCUCUGCAGUCCAUGCCGCCUUCAUAUAUCCAUCGGUGCCUGCUAACCUGCACUUACUUGUUUCCCUCAGGUUCUUUACGUUCAGUGCUCUUCUUUUGAAAGACAAUGGUCCUUUCUAUCAAUGACCCACCAAGGAUGGAGAAGGACAGAAACCACAUGGCUAAAAAGAUAUUAGACCUCACCCUGGAGAUCAUCUCCUUGAUAACUGGAGAGGUAAAAAUGGGAUGAGAGUAUACCAUAAGAAUCUUCAUUUAUCUUCCUAUUAUAAAGAAGAAGAUAGCAAUACCACACAAGCUAAUUCAAUAAGCCCUAAUGUACCCUCAGUCCUUCAUAGCGGAGAUAUAUCCAAUGAUACCGCUGGUCAGAAGAAACCUUCAUCUAAUCAAUCACUGACUGGCAAAACAAGAACUAAACACAAGUGUGGAAAAAUAUUUUCACAUGGGACACCUUUUAAGAAGAAAUCUAAUCUUUCUUUACAUGAGAGAAAUUCCAGAGAUAAAAAGUCAUUUUCAUGCUCUGAAUGUGGAAAAUCUUUUACCAGGAAAUGUAUUCUAGUUGGACAUCUGAGAACUCACACAGGGGAGAAGCCGUAUUCAUGUUCAGAAUGUGGGAAAUGUUUUAUGUUGAAAUGCUCUAGAAAGAAACAUCAGAGAACUCACACAAGAGCGAAGCCAUUUUCAUGUUCAGAAUGUCAGAAAUGUUUUAGUCAGAAAUCUGGUCUUGUGGCACAUUUAAGAAUUCAUACAGGGGAGAAGCCAUUUUCAUGUCCUGAAUGUGGUAAAUGUUUUAGUCAGAAAUCAAAUCUUGUGAAACAUCUAAAAAUCCACAUAGGGGAGAAGCCAUUUUCAUGUCCAGAAUGUCAGAAAUGUUUUACUCAGAAAUCUGUUCUUCUGACACAUCAGAAAACUCACACAGGGAAGAAGCCAUUUUCAUGUUCAGAAUGUGGAAAAUGUUUUACCCGUCAAUCAUAUUUUUUUCUGCAUCUGAAAACUCACUCUGGUGAGAAGCCAUUCUCAUGUAUUGAAUGUGGAAAGUGUUUUAUUUUUAAAUCAAAUCUUGUUAACCAUCAGACAAUUCACACAGGAGAGAAGCCGUUUCUGUGUCCUGAAUGUGGGAAGUGUUUUCGUGUGAAAUCAAUGCUUGUAGCACAUCAAAGAAUUCACACAGGAGAGAACACAUUUUCAUGUUCAGAAUGUGGGAAAUGUUUUAGUCACAAAUCACAACUUGUUGGACAUCAGAGAACUCACACAGGGGAGAAGCCAUAUUCAUGUUCAGAAUGUCAGAAAUGUUUUAGUAAUCAAUCUGCUCUUGUGAAACAUUUAAGAAUUUAUACGGGGGAGAAGCCAUUUUCAUGUCCUGAAUGUGGUAAAUGUUUUAGUCUCAAAUCACAUCUUGUUAAACAUCAGAGAACUCACACAGGGGAGGAGCCAUUUUCAUGUCCUGAAUGCGGUAAAUGUUUUAGUCUCAAAUCACAUCUUGUUAAACAUCAGAGAACUCACACAGGGGAGGAGCCAUUUUCAUGUCCUGAAUGUGGUAAAUGUUUUAGUCUCAAAUCACAUCUUGUUAAACAUCAGAGAACUCACACAGGGGAGGAGCCAUUUUCAUGUCCUGAAUGUGGUAAAUGUUUUAGUUUCAAAUCACAUCUUGUUGGACAUCAGAGAACUCACACAGGGGAGAAGCCAUUUUCAUGUUCAGAAUGUGGAAAAUGUCUUGCCAAUCAAUCAAGUUUUAUUCAGCAUCAAAAAACUCACACAGGGGAGAAGCCAUUUUCAUGUCCUGAAUGUGGUAAAUGUUUUGGUCAGAAAGCAAAUCUUGUGAAACAUCUAAAAAUCCACUUAGGGGAGAAGCCAUUUUCAUGUCCUGAAUGUGGUAAAUGUUUUGGUCAGAAAGCAAAUCUUGUGAAACAUCUAAAAAUCCACUUAGGGGAGAAGCCAUUUUCAUGUUCAGAAUGUGGAAAAUGUUUUAGUCAGAAAGUUAGUCUUGUGAGACAUCUAGGAAUCCACUAUGGACAGAAGUCAUUUUCAUGUUCAGAAUGUGGGAUAUGUUUUAUUCUUGAAUCAAGUUUAACUCGGCAUCAGAGAGCUCACACGGGGAGAAGUCUGACCUGUCUUCAAAAUAGCUCAUCAAUAUCAGAUUGGGGGGGUUUCGACACUCGAGAACCCCACCGAUCAGUUGUUUGAGGAGGCCUAAUUGCAGCUUACAAAGCACAAUGCUUUCCAUUGGAGAGCGCAUGUGCUUGGUAUUGCAGAUUAGUCUCAUUCACUUGAAUAUGAGCGAUCAUUCCAUAUUGUUCCUGUAAUGCUAAUGAAAUGAUAAAGCCAAAUUGACGGCCAGCAAAUGCGGCAUACCAGACACACUUUGCGCAAGCCAUCACACUCUGAACACCCUUGAGGGCCAGGGUACUCUUCACCCACCUCCAGCAGGAAGGGGGACUUUGGCAGAGCCCUUUCCAGUUGUCAAAUAGCAGGGCAGCUGGGCACACCAUGACACUAUGCACUGGUGAAUAGGGAAACACGAGAAUGGUCAGUAAACGUAAGCCAGGGCAAAAGAACCAGAAGACAACCAAAACCGAAGCCAGAGACAAUAACCAGAGAAACCACUCACCAGAUAACUUAAGAUACAGAGCCAGGGAAGCAACUGAAUAACCAGAAGUGAGUGGGGGAAGGGGAAGACCAGGUUUAAAUAUCCCUCCACAGACCACCUGACACUGCUGAGAUCACACGCAAUCACCACCCUCAGCCCAGGGAAGCAUAGGUGGGUCCUGAGAGUGUGCAGAGGAAGGAGCCUCCCACCACAUGUCUAUGUUAGGAGACAUAAAAACAGAGUUUCCAUGGCAACAGCUGACGCUAGGGGCUCCUGCAUCCUGGGACCCCUGACCAGCGUCAGCGCUGGGAAUGAUGGCGUUUUGUCUCCCAGCAGCACCACGAUCCAGAAUGGAUCUCACAGAGUGACAUGUGUGCAUAAAGCGCAAACCUUUACUAGCUCUGCCCUCCGCAAGGGUUGAG